AUGAAACACCUCCUCGGGGUCAGUCUGACUCUUGUCGGCUUUCUCACGUCACAUGGGCUCGCCAGAGUCGUCAGCAAAGAUCAGGAGUGUGUUUCCGCUGUCUUUGGUAUUGUCGGAGGUCUCAACUUCGAAGGCAUAGGCUACGGCAACUACUACUUGGGAGUCUGCCAGAACCCGCUAAAAGUUGUCUCCAUCUACGCCAUCUCCAAGACCUAUUGCUCAUCCAAUGACCUAGGCCCCGGUUUCGAAUACCUCAACUGGGCCUGCCUACAAUAUGCCGGCGCUGGACUUAUACCAGAGGCAGAUGUGGCUGUCAAUUUGACUGAUGAAGCAAUAAGCCGCUAUCCUAUCCUUGAUCAGAAGGAUGUAAUCGUUCCGAAGAAUCUCACGAUGCCAGUUCUGAUUACGCGAGAUUGGUUCGACUUGGGUUUCCGUACGGAGGACACAUGGGAUUAUGAGCUACGUACGCACCCGACAUAUGGGUGGGCUAUGUACGGAUUCUGGGGUGGUAUUCUCCUCAUCGGAACCCUACGUCGACUCAUCACCUACAUCAUCGAAAGCCGAUUAUCUCCAUUGUCCACCGAUCCUGAAGACCUUGGAGCAGCGGAUAGUCGCGAGAAACCAACAGCAGGAACCAAGUCGCUUACAUAUAUGUACUCACGAAUCCGCAAGCACCUUACUAUUCCAAGCGGUUUACCUCCGUAUCACAGCCAACUCUUGUUCGGAUGCACCAUACCAACUCGUAUCGAGUCACUCGUUAUUAUCUCAUGUUGGAUCCUCAAUUUCGUUCUUUGCUGCGUAAACUACCGUGGAUUCGAGGGUAACCUAUACUGGUCUGCGGUGUCACCUCAAAUAUGGCGAUACAUAUCCGAUCGAGCGGGCAUCAUCGCUUACGCCAACCUGCCGUUGAUGUGGAUGUUCAGCGGCCGUAACAAUAUCUUCAUCUGGCUAACAGGCUGGUCAUUUUCUACAUUCAAUCUCUUCCACAGGCAUAUCGCUCGCAUCGCAACGUUGCAGGCCAUCAUUCAUUCCGUUGGAUACACAGUAUUCUAUUUCGAAAUUGAAGGAGCGGAAGGUUACAAGUUACAAUGGCAUGAUGCUUGGUUCUACCUAGGAGCUGUGGCAACGAUUGCGAUGAGUAUUCUUGUCUUCUCUUCCUUCAGUUGGUUCCGACGCAGGAUAUAUGAUUCCUUUCUUCUGCUCCAUAUCCUUCUAUCCGUCGUGUUAAUUGUCGCUCUCUUCUACCACACGUCUAUUUUCCUUGGGGAGUAUAAUGGAUAUCUAUGGCCUCUCGUUGCUAUCUGGAGCUUCGACCGCUUCCUAAGAAUUAUUCGAGUAGUCUACUGCAAUCUCCAUUUUCAACUACGCAAGAAGACACUCCAUCGUAGUACCGUCACCAUUUCCUACGACCAAGACGCGAAUUUCAUCCAGAUUGAUAUCAACACGCAUGUAAAGCCAGGGCCUGGCAAGCACUACUAUCUCUACCAGCCCUUCCGCUUCACUGGCUGGGAGAAUCACCCUCUAACUUUGGCCUAUUGGAGCCAGUCUGCGGUAGAAACCAGCCAAAGCCAGCAAAGAGAUAACACAACAGAUACGCCUUCAAAAACCGCAGAUGUUUCUAUUGUAACACCAUCCGAGGCCGGUCCGCUACAUACCGCCAUUGAAGGCGAAUAUCUCCUCUCUUUCUGGAUUCGCCCAUAUGAUGGUUGGACUCGCCAUCUCCGUGACCAGUGUCUCAAGUCCCAGCCUCUAUCCAAGCUCCCUUCGGUCAUUACAGACACUAUCCUUCUUGAAGGCCCUUACGGCAUCGCAGAGCCUCUCUGGACUUUUGACGAGGUCCUUCUUAUUGCAGGCGGAUCGGGCAUCACGGCCAUGGUUCCGUACAUACUUGACCACGUCGCAAGAACCGACUCGUCCAAUAAAUCGAGCCAGACACGCAUACGUGGACUGACACUGAUUUGGACCAAUCCCAAAGAAGCCUUUAUCCGUCGGAUUGCCCAGCGUGAACUCGCGGCGGCACUUAAAAGAGACGAUGUCCGGUAUGAGUUUUACUGCACAGACUCUGCAAAGGUCGAGGUUGGCUCGUUACCUUCACCGUCGAUAGAUGAAAUUCCAAUUGGAGAUGCCGAAAAAGGUGCUACGGAAAGCGGUGUAUUAAAAGGCAAAGAGGAGACAGACAUAUCUGAAUCGGCAGAUGGUGCUGACAAGGCCGGUUCUUUGUCUAUCACAAUGUGCAGGCCUGAUAUCUCGGCAAUCAUUGAGAAGGCAGCGGUCUCUGCUACCGAGUCCGGAUCAAGGCUUGCUGUGUUCUCUUGCGGGCCAGGUGGGAUGUCCGAUCACGCAAGAGAGGCGACGUAUCGGGUUAUACGUCAACAGAACAAUUCUGUUGAGUAUUUUGAAGAAUCAUUCGGGUGGUAG